GCUGGAGUGAAGAUAAAUUUGUUGGGUGAAGGAAGAAAAGCAAAUGGGAGAGGAGAGAGACACGUAUCUGUAUUUUGUUAUAAGCUUUGGAUAACAUCUACUCACUCCCUCAUCCCCAGAAAUGGCGUCAUUUUUAUCUUCUUUCACUCCUUCAGCUGUUCCUUCACUCUCUUCCGACUCCUUAUCCCUCACCGCCAACCACAAAACAGCUCACUCAAAGUUGGUUAGUUACCGUGUAAGAUCUAGCGCGGAAGAUGCAAAUUGCUCUAUUGAAGCUCCGGAUCACUCAUCAGAUGACACUAAAAUGAGGGAAUCUGAAGCAUUGACAUCAAGAAGGUUGUGCUUGACUUGUUUAUGUUCGACUUUUGCAUUAAUAAGUACUUCUUCCGUUUCUCUGAAUGUACCAAAAGUGAUCGCUUUGGAGGGUAAAGAAAAGCCUGUUUGUCGGAAUUGUGGGGGUAUUGGUGCUAUAAUAUGUGAUAUGUGUGGUGGUACAGGAAAAUGGAAAGCUCUCAACAGGAAACGUGCUAAAGAUGUUUACGAGUAUACUGAAUGUCCAAAUUGUUAUGGUCGAGGGAAACUUGUAUGUCCUGUUUGUCUAGGGACUGGUUUACCAAACAACAAAGGUCUUCUAAGGAGGCCGGGUGCAAAGGAAUUACUUGACAAGAUGUAUAAUGGUCGGUUGUUGCCAAAUUCAUAGGUAGUCUUUUCUGUAAACUGGAGCUUGCUGGACAACAUAACCUACACUUAUGUUUUCCUUCAAAAGUGCAGUUGAGGCGUGAGGGAGCAAUCAACUUAAAUAUAAACUUCAGCGGAGUGAAUGUGUACUCAAACAUGCGUAGAAGGCAUACGUAUGAGCUGGCCUCGGCUUUUGAGGUAAGAGGAACCUGAGCCUCAUUUAGGCUCAGUAGUAGAUAAUUAAAUGGUGCAGUUACCUUCAAUGUGACCUGUUCUGUUAGUUUACCAGUUUAUAAAGAAAGCAUUUAUACGGCAAAUGUAAGCUAAUUGUGUACAUAGGGAUGAAUAUAUGUAUUUAUGUAUGUUGCAUGCCAGUUUUGAGGUGUAGAAACAUUAUACAGAUGGCACAGAAAGUGCAUACAAAGAUUCCAAGAUUUUGCAUCAAAGAGGAACUCAAAUUGACGUUUGGCAUAA